AUGCUAUCACCACAACCAAACGGCACGCUCAGACGGCCACCAGCAUCCAGAGACGACUCCUCAUCGCCAUCGCUUACCGGCAUGGAGAACGUCGUCCCGUCUUUCCAGGAGUUCCUCAAGCGUACUCCGCCUCCCAACCCAGCCAAACCGCUACCGCCAACUCCGCUCAUCGCUCGCCGAACUUCACACACCUCCCCAGCUCGGUCGAAGAACCCAUCUUCAUACGCUAGCCGCCGGUCAUCAAGCGUAUACAGUCGAACUGUCAGCCAAUGGGGUGGAAAUGGCGACGAUGACUUCUCCUGGACCAGCGCGGACUUCGCGGACGAGCCUAUGCCACCCUUACCUGUCCUUCAGCCGGUGGCUUACAGCGCGAGUACACCUCAUCUGGGUGAGAAGUCGCCUGUACAGGAAUUACUGCAGCCUCGGAUAUAUAGUCCGCUCAUUUUUACCCCAUCGCCUACUGAGAGUCGGGACACCAUUGCAUCUUCACCAGCACGCCAGGAGUCACCAAGCUUUUCUUCUGCGCGCCAAUCUUCACGAAAAGCGCCCAAGAAGCCAGUCCAGACGAUCUCUUUAGCACAAGCGAAAGCAAAUGUCCAAGCACCAGGGGCGGUUCACCUUCUCCCGGAAGAGCUUCGUGCUCAGACGGGGAAGAGAUCAAGAUCCCACGAGCCACUUCGAAAGGAUUCCAUGGACAUGCUCAUGCCAGAACGUCCGCCGCAAGUACCCCAAGCACCGACUCUUCUUGACCAGAAUGGCAGACAUCUGAGCAUUGCAUUGCCUCGUCAGACUCCUAGUGUACGCAUCGAGUCCGUUGUACCCGAAGCUGGAUCGACAGUGCGAAGCCCAUACCUACAGGCGUUUAAAGUGGGCACGGGACCAGAGAGGACUAUGCAACCACCGACAUCAGGUCCUCAAAGAACCAGCGACAACAACGCACAUGAAGAACGCGGAAGGCCACGAUAUCGAGGCCAACGGGCAGUGGAGCGCUCCGCCUACGGAACGAAGUGGAAGAUACCACAGAGUCCUUCGCCUACUCGAGGCAGUGAGCGGGAAGCUGCGAAACAGUAUCGAUUCCCUGACUCACCAGCACGAGAUACUUCUCAGCACCACGAUACUGACUCGGACGACAGUAUCAAGAUGAAGAUGAAGCUGGUUCCUCGACCUCUGUUCCAAACGAAGCCUCCGGCAAAGCUUCCAGGUGCGAUCAAUGCAUCGCCAAGCGGCUCAUCCAUAUCGCCACGGCGUGCAGGGAGCACACGGGAUGCAAGCAGGAACGGUUCGAGACGGUCUAGCGGCAGCUCAUAUCCAUUUCGGCUUUCUGCCAGUAGGGGUUCGUCUCACCAGAGGCGGAGUACGAGCGGGUCUAUUCCGAUAUCACCACCAUCUGUCAUCUCGACAGCUCCGACCAGACCAUCGCCACAGCAGAACAUCUCACGGCCUCGGUGCAGGAGAGGAAGCGACGACGCUCGCGCUUCAGCUUUCUACCCUUUCGUCGCUUCUCGCAAGGGCAAGGGCCAGAGCAAAAGCCCGAAACCAAAGUUCGUCAGAGCCGAAACGGAUACCUUACCACUACCGUCACGACCUACAGACUUCGUAGUUGACCGGCUAGCAACAGCAGGUCUAACGUCUCGACACCCACCACCCCAUCCCAUCCGGACGAGCAGUCUCGACGACGGCUUCUGGCAGCGCCGCGGCAGUGGCUCGACGGCUAAAAUAAAGCAGCCGCUGUUCCAACGGCUAGCUGAAGGCGCGGCACGGUACGCAGACCUGCUCGCCAGUCCGCUAGAGGUACCGGAGCCGCGCAACUACGAGCACCUUACAUCGGCUACCGUCGCACCAGGCUCGCCGCAUUUGGUCUCUACCCAAGUGCAUCUCCCACCAGCUCAAAACCAUCUCGGCUGGUCCCCACGUACGAAGACAGCGUUCGACGAAGCUCGCACCUCUGUGCACUCAUCUAGGCGUCUGUUCGGCCAGCCUCAGACGCCUUCGAUACCUGAGUAUACUCACAUCUCCACUCCAGCGAGGCCGCUGGACGAGACGAGGAUUGGUUUGAGAGAACCGGAAAGCCCAAGAGGAAGGAAGAAUAGUGUUUUCGGCGGCUUACUGGAUAGCUGGAAGGAUGUGCGGGCGGAGAAGCGGAGGGAGGAAUUGAAGAAGGUGAUUAAGGUCGUUCCGAACGAGAGGAGUGAGGCGCCUGGGCUUAAGAGGCGGUCUACUACUGGGUGGAUGUAA